AUACCACAGGGACUCACUCAAACACAGGACUCCGACCAAACAAGCUCUCCUUCCGACCAGUCUUGUGCACGUUUGAUGAAAAACGCGCACUACCCCCGCUGGAUGUCGGAACUUUGAACUUUGCAUAUUUAUGAAGUCAGCCAUAAAUACGCAAGCAAGAUUGGAGACACUUCGGACAAGUUUGGACUAAAUACCAGACGUAAAAGGGACUGCGUGGAAAGUUUAAAUGGAUUUGAAAUGUGCUGACUUCUGACAGAUUAAAGUGGUUCAGGGUUGGGAUUGUGCUCACACGUUUGCUGGAAGUCCGAUAUCUCAUGGAUGCUCAGGGUUAAUUUGAUUUUCCCUUUGAUCUCAAAGACGGACCGAGAAAAAUGUGACUACCUUGGCGCUGUUAAUCUUCCUUUUAAUUCUGCGUCAGCUUUUAAACAGCUUCUUGAUGAGACAGGAAUGCACUGCUAAAAUUGCCCUGCAAGAGGAGACUAAAAAGAAGAGCAUCAAUGGAUUGAAAGGUUGGACUUUCAUUUCAAGUGUUAAGUGCCUCAAGCAAGAUUGGGAGAUGUGUGAAGGAGCGUGACGGACGGCCAUGGGACAGGAGAGACGGUGGCUUCAGGCUGUCACCGCUGUUGUAGCCAUCUGUCUCAUAAGUGCAUCUCAAGGUCUGGCAUCGUUGGUUCAUGCCAGAGAGGGAGGCUCUGCUGAGCUGGAUUGUAGUCUCACUCCUACAUCCAAAGAAGCCACGACUUCAAACCUCUUUCCCUUGCACGUUGUGGAGUGGGUGCGUCUUGGUUACAAUGUCCCUGUCCUCAUCAAAUUUGGAGUAUACGCGCCUCGAGUUCAUCCUAACUAUAAGGGGCGUGUGUCUCUAACCCGGGGCGCCUCCCUUCUGCUAGAGCGGCUGACCCUGGAGGACGAGGGCUGGUUCGAAUGCCGCAUCCUCCUCUUGGACAGCAAAACUGACGACUUCCAAAAUGGCACAUGGACCUUCCUCUCCAUCACAGCUCCACCUGUGUUUAUUAAGACACCACCAACUUUUGUGGAGGUUCUGCUUGGAGAAUCGCUGACUCUAAGCUGUGGAGCCCACGGCAACCCCAGACCAACCAUUGUCUGGCAUAAAGAUGAGAGCCCAAUUGAGAAACAUGAAAAAAUUAAGGUGCUCAAUGGGAGUUUGUCUUUGGCCUCUGUCACAAGAAAUAUUUCAGGAGUGUAUAAAUGUCAUGUAUCCAACUCAGAGGGGAACCUGACCCACUACACCGAGCUGCAGGUCCAAGGUCCUCCACUCAUCAUCAUUUCCCCAGAGGACACCACUCUCAACAUGUCCCAGGAUGGAGUUCUGCAGUGUCAAGCUGAUGCCUACCCUUCAAACCUCACUUACGAGUGGAUGAAACAAGGACAGAACGUUUACCACAUUGAGUCCCUUAAAUCCAGAGUGAAGAUUUUGGUGGAUGGAACGCUUCUUAUUCCUAACCUCAUCCCAGAAGAUGCUGGCAACUACACCUGUAUCCCAACUAAUGGGAUACUGAGCCCACCUUCAGCUUCUGCACAUCUAAAAGUGAAACAUCCUGCACGUGUUGCACGAAUGCCCCGAGAAACAUACUUGCCAUCAGGCAUGGAGGGGGUAAUUGUCUGCCCUACUCAGGGUGAUCCUCCUGUGCUGUAUGUCAACUGGACCAAAGAUGGAAAUGAUUUGAAUCUCGACAAUUUCCCAGGUUGGAUGGUGAACUCGGAGGGCUCGGUUUUUAUAGCUGCAGCCAAUGACAAUGCUGUGGGCAUGUACACCUGUACCGCCUAUAACAGCUAUGGCACCAUGGGCGAAUCUGAGCCCACCAAAGUCAUUUUACAGGACCCACCAACUUUCCGAGUCUCCCCUCUGGCUGAGUAUCUCCAGGAGGUCGGGAGAGAGUUGAUGAUCCCCUGUGAAGCUAGUGGAGACCCCGCUCCCAAUGUAACUUGGAGCAAGUUUGGCUCCACUCCUCGUUCGCCGUACACCAUACUGUCAAACGGCUCCCUCCUCCUGCAGCCAUUGAGUAAAGAUCACCACGGGGGCUGGGAGUGCUUGGCCUCUAAUCGUGUAGCAACCGUCAGUGCAGGGACUGUUAUUGUGGUGCUGGGCACCAGUCCUCAUGUUGUGUCCUCAGUCACCGUCACCAUGGAGAUGAACCAGGCAAACGUGUCCUGGGUUCCAGGCUUUGAUGGUGGAUUCACCCAGAAGUUCACUGUAUGGGUAAAGCAAACAUCCAGGGGGAAACAUGAGUGGGCAUCUUUACCUGUGCCAACAUCCAAAAACUACCUACUUGUGACUGGGCUACUUUCUGGCACUGGAUACCAGUUCAGUGUGCUGCCUCAGAAUAAACUCGGCUCAGGACCUUUUAGCGAAAUAGUAUCAGUACGAACAAAAGCUGUGCCAACAGAGAGACCUGAACCUGCUACCACUGUCCAAACCGUGGAUGCGCCGAUGCUCCUGUCAGUGAACCGGACUGAGCGAGGAGUUCUCCUUCAGUGGCUUCCUCCCGAGGCGCCGCUCUUUCCCCUGACGGGAUACGUGCUGCAGGCUCGCCGGGACCAGGGCCAGUGGCUCAUCCUCAGCAGCAACAUCAGUGCUAACAAGACUGACCUACUCGUGCAAGGACUAAUAAGGGACUCCGUUUAUGAUCUGAGGCUCAUGUGUCGCAGCAGCAAAGUGCUCAGUGAACCCAGUGAGUCUGUGAGCGUAUCCACAGUAGGCAUGGAGAUGUACCGCCUGCGCCCAAGUUUCUUAGAGGUCAUCCCUGAACCGCUGUUCGCUGGCGUGUUAGGAGGAGUGUGCUUCCUUUUUCUGGCCAUCAUCCUCUCGUUGGUGACGGCGUGCUACAUGAGUCACAGGAGACGGUGUAGACGCAAAAACAGAAAACAAGACCUGCCAACUGCUUUCCAGAAGAGCACAUCUCAAGGAAAUCGCUCACCUCCUCGUAGCCCGGACAGCGUCCUCAAGUUAAAGCUGUGUCCACCUCUUCCCUUCUUUCCCACCUCGUCUUCACAGUCCGAUCGUUCCUCCUUUGAUAAAGGCAGCCGCGGCGAAUACAGUGAUCAGCGGAAACAGCUCUUGUCCAACUCCUCUCCACCACCUCAUUACACACUCUUUGAGAGCCACCUGGGUUCUCAGGCGCCCUCCCCAACUGCCCUUGAGUCCAUUUCCAGAGGCCCGGAUGGACGCUUCAUUGUCCAGCCGCUACCUGAGGGCUCGAGCCCCUCAGGCAAGAAAAAUAUAAAGAGAACCGUACUAAGUAAUGGUGGUGCUAGCGGCUCAGGGAGCAACAGGACAUCGUUCAGGGACUCGCCAAAGUCAAGCAUUUUGAGCAUGGGGAAGGAUGAGAGAAAGGAGUCUCCUCUCACGGUGGACAUACCAGAGCUGAGCCGGCCUCCUCCUUCCCCCGGGAGAGUACGGGCCAUGGCCAGAAACUUCUCCCGUCACGGCUGCUUUCACUCAGAUGACGAGCAAGCCUCAGAGACUCUUUUGGAAAGAGCCAGCUUUUAUUCAGACAACGGUGAGAGAAAGAACGGUGAUUCUCUGAAGAGGUAUCGCAUGGCAGGCUGCACUGAAGACCUGUUCCCCAGUUUGGGUAGGAGAACAAAGCUUCUUGAUAGAGAACGAGACAGACCACAUCACUCAGGAUACCAGCCCAUGGAUAGUACCUUAACUGAUAACAGGACCCUGGUAUCGCAGCUUGAGAGCGAGCUGGAGAGGGAGAGUGUGAACAAGUGUGCCCAACUAGCAAAAGAGAGGGAGGAAAUUGAAAGAGAGUUAAAAGAUUAUUCAGCUGAGCAGAGACAUCGCAGAGGGAGGGAGGAGCCGCAGUCCAGCAACGCUGGAAGCCCUCAAAGAGAUGCUCCCAAGUCAGAAGAAGAGCCUGUAUGGAAGCCACAAGAUGUCACUAUCAGGCACAAAAACAAACCCUCUGGCGUAACCAGUCGGGUGUCUGACUACAGGAGGGCGUGCUACUUUGGCAGUGCCAGCAGUCCCCUGGACCGGCUCCCUGCAGCUCGCAUACAGUGGGACAUAAGUCCAGUUACAUCCGUAACCAGCCUCAUACCUGUUCAGAGCUCUUGCGAGACCCCGCUGCCCGAGUCACAGUAUCCUCGCACGCCGAGAGAAGCCACGGAUAACUCUCUCGCUGUGGAUUCAUCACGCUCCCCCGUCACCCAGAACACCUCCCUCCCAACGCUCUCCCCUGACGUCUCCUCUGAAAGCCCUGGUCCGUGUCCUGAAGCAACAGAAGGAGUCACGUCGUCCAGUCCUCGGAAAAGGACAGAUAUGUGCACAAAGUCCAACUCUGAGCAAAGUGUAAGGGAAAAGACACAUGACAAAGGCCUCGCUUCAAGGUCUGGGCUCCGGGAAUCACCAGCCAAGGCUCUCUUGGUCACCCAUGAAAGGCCUGAGAGUUCAGCUUCUGCAUCAUACCAUCACACUGGGAGAACUGCAGAAGUAGGUUACACAACCACAAGGGCUUCCAGCCCCUCUAGUUGUUCUACCUUACCUUUUGGACAUCAUGGAGGUGGAGCAAAGGCCAAAGAUAGAGAGACCGGAGGCCACGAUGACCAACGCAACUCAGGGCUUUACUCUGAGUUGGAGAUCGAAGGUGUCAGAGCACGCUCUAGGAGGAGUGACAACUGUCUUUUCUCUGAUAGCCCCAGCCCCAUUCCAACUUUAACACUUGUAGAAGAGGUUGAGAGCGACCAGUCUCAGUUUUCUGUGCCCAGGAUUUCCGAAUCCUUCAGGGCCAAGCCUGCAGCCCCGUCUCCUAAAAUGUCCCCACUCCAGACAAGUGCAAUUCUUGAAUACCUGAGCCUUCCGGGUUUCAUUGAAAUGAGUGUGGAUGAACCAGCCGAAGGAGCUACAGUCACAGACACUUCUGGACAAAGAUCUGUGCUAACUAAGCCUGACGUGGUCCCUAAAAACUGGGAGGUUCAUGUUCAGGAGAAUCUAGAAACUGGCUCAAAGCGACAACAGACUGAUUCUGUGGGUGCUGCAGAGAGCUGCUCUGGGACAAGUAAAAAACAGGACAAUAGAUGCCCCCCCUAUGUGGAAACCAGAGUAAGAUUCUCUGAUGAAUCAAGAUUAUCCUCCACUGGUCUGGAAAAAACCAGCAAACAGCUCUACGAUGAGAAAACAAGAAUUCGAGUCGGUAGUAGCAGGUCAGACAGGCCUGAAUCCAGACUUGGGUCGAGGUCGGCGUAUACCUUGUUCAGUGCAGCUAAAGGCAUGGCAGAUAUCGUUUCAAAACACUCUCAGAGUUUUGUAGACAGCAGGGAGUUUUUAUCAGAGCAAUCCCAAAGACAAGCUUCUCAGGGAAGCAGGACUAAUAAUAUUGUUUCACGAAUAACUCAAGCCCCGGUGCCGUUUCUAAAGAAAUCCUUAAGUAUAGGCCCCUGUAGGACUCUUUCAGGUGUGGGACAUCCUCGUCCUUUCCUUAAGAAAUCCAUCAGCUUAGGAUCACAGAGGUGGGAGCAUUUUGAGAGCCCAAGAACAUACAUUUCUGAGAAAUGUUACUGGGAUGAAUUUCCAAGCCCGGAUGUGAGGGUGAAGUCCUACAGUUUAGGCCGCACGCCACCUUCCUUCCCCAGGCCGGGCCCUUCCUGGAGGGAGUACGCCCCAUUUAGGCGUCCCAGCCUGGGGAGUUUAGAGAGGCCUCAUCCUCCACAAAGACCCUUAGCUAGUCCUUACCUCAACCCCUCUAUGUACCCCCCCAGACAAACCUCCAUGUCACCACUGCUGGAACCUUCUGAUCCCCGACGGCAAGCCACCGUGUUCCCAGAGUCCUCCAGGUGGUCUCCCUCUUAUCACGAACCUCUGCGUUCUGCCCAUCACUAUGUCCCCAUGCCCACCUCCAUCCCCGUUCCCCAGUACCAGCACUGGCCGGGAUCCAGAGGGGAAAGCAUGGGAGCCAUGGACUCCAGGAGAGGCCCCCCCAGGUCCUACCUGCCCCGGGGCAUCAGCUGGCCCUCUCCUUAUUACGCCCCCUUCCCACACCGCGAGGGGGAGGGCUACAGACAUCCGGACAGGAUGAUGGGGAGGAGCGGGGACGUGGAGAUUAGGGAUGGGGGGAGAGCCAGUUAUGCCAGUCAGAGCAGCGGCAGAGGCAGCGCCGGUCUCUUCCGACAGUCCCUGUCCAUCACUCCCACGCUGCUCAGCUCCCCUGAGACCACAGAGGAGAAUGAGCGGCACAGAGCCGAGAUGGAGCCGCCUAGGAGGAAAUUGAAAAGAAGGAACACAUCAGUAGAUGAGAGUUAUGAAUGGGACUCUGCCGAUGCCUGUGUGGACUCCGAGGUCCUGGAGGCCACAAGGUUUGAUCAAUCACACAUGUUUCAGAGAGGCAAGGGUGAUAUUAGAUAUGAUCAAACUCGUGGCCUCCGGGAUCAGAGACGAAAAGGCCCAUCUCCCCCAGUCAGCCCACCAGUUUUCAACCCUCCUCGCUGCGAGUCCAGCCGCUCUCUCAGUGAAGCGCGCUUCAACGCCCUUCGCCUGGAGUACCAAGAGUACAGGCGGGCCCAGGAGUCCGCCUGCUCCCGUGAGCGCUGCCUCAGCCCCGGCCACGAUUCAGACUCUGACUCCAGCUCAGCACUGCUGUAGCAGCUGAACUUGGUGCAUUCAAGGCAGAUACCGAAUGACAUUUAUAACGCAGAGACGGCAGCGUUGGAGAGCUGCACCCUGGAAACCUUUUGAAGCUUUUAUCUUGUGUUAAGCAGUUUGAAGAGAUACCAACCCUCUGUGUUGUGUGCUGUCAAAUCUCUUGCUACAACUUCUCGGUUGUUUUCCAAUAUGUUCUGUUCUUUUUUUUUUUACUUGUUUGCUUACAUUUAUAAUGAAUCAGAGACGGAUUCUUUUAUUUUUUUUUUUAAAUGAAACUAAAAUUGCUGUAUUUUACAAUAUUUUUUUUUUCCUUUUUUAAAUUCUGACAAUCAGACACCAAGUAAUAAAAUUAUCACAGAGACCAAGAAAAGUUCACGUUUUAGAUCUAAGACCUGCUUUUUUUUUUAACAACAGGCUGCAUCCAAGACUUGCCUUUUGUUGUAAUAAAGGAUUCUUCUGACAAUUAUGAAGGUCUUCAUAGUAUAAAAUGUGACGUCUGUAAGCAGAAAUGUCUGCAUCUGUAAUGGUGCCUGUGAUGCCAAUCAAACUGUACUUAAGGCGUUCUACAAUUCCUCCUUAACAUGACAAUGUUCAAAUUACACAACUUUAAGAUCCCAUGAUAACUCUUACAAUUGCAGAUUCAGAACCUCCUGGCAGCUUUAUAACACAAACAAAACUUUACUUUGAAGAUAUUUAUUGGCAUCUCUGAUUUUACUCCUGGUUGCCUGGAACCAUUUCCCGUUACACAACUGUUCUCUGGCUCAUUAGUCUGCCAGUAUUUAUUCAUAAUGUACACAUGUUUAUAUCUAGGUUAAUAUGGACACAUUCCUGCUGUUGUGUUGUAAAUUCCUUCUCGCCAUUUCAUCAAGUGAAAACAUGCUACUUUUCUCCACCUGAAUCAGAAGUUUACCCUGUGAUUUAUUAACACGCAUUGGAAAACUUGACAAGAAACACGGUGAAAAUUUUUAUUUUUUUUUGCCUUAUUUGUGAUGUUAUUGGUCAAGUUGACGAGCUAUAUUCAAACAAAGCUGAUCAGAGGAUCACAAGUUAUCUAACAGCCGUUUUACAGAUUGUAUUUCUUUGUAUUUAUUGAGAUGAGUGAUGAUAUGCAACAUUGUUUACAAUUCACAUCACUGAUGUGGAGGCAACACUGUGAAUAUUUCAGAAACUUAUAUAUGGGAUCUUUUAGUCGGGCAUUUUCACGUUUUAAACUUCUGGCCGAACAUUUAGUGAGUUAGCUGUAUACUUCGAUAUUUGAAUUAUAAGUCUGUUAUGAAUUUUGUGCCCAUAAACCGACUGUAAAUGUCGUUUUUUUUUCGUUUUUUUUACUGAAUUAUAACAUAAUUUGUUUUUAUACAUCACCUGACAAACAGAUGUAAAUUUUUGAAGCUGUACUUUGAGAAGAGUCAACAUUUGGACUAUUUUUACUGACAUUUCUCAGAUUAAAAACCCUCGUGUGGAGCGAGUAUGCAUUUGUGAUGAUGGCUUUGGAAGCUUUGUAUAAAGUGGAAAAUUUUAUAUCUUAACAGCUGGUUGUCAUUUUUAUAUGUUUGGAAUUAAUAAA